AAGGUUGAGUCGUUGGUGGUCCUUUGGCACAAUUUCACGUGCUUACCUUCUGAAAAUUCUGUUCAUCAAAAUCUUCAGGUCGUCUCUAUAUAUAAGACUCAUACUCCCAACAAUAUUUAUAAUCCCAUCGAAUCUGUGUCGUUCUUAGCCUUCUUCUUCUUCUUCUUCUUCAUUUUGUAGUCUAUUAAUACACAAGAAGAAAUAGAAUUGUAUAAAAUCAACCAUGUCGGCCCAGCAAACGGCAAAAAAUACUGCCUGUGUAGUGGGUGGCACCGGAUUUGUUGCAUCUUUGCUCAUCAAGCUUUUGCUUCAGAAGGGAUAUUCUGUCAGUACCACUGUCAGAGACCCAGAUAACCAGCAAAAAAUCUCUCACCUCUUAUCCCUACAGGAAUUGGGUGAACUAAAAAUUUUUGGAGCAGAUUUAACUGAUGAAGGAAGCUUUGAUGCCCCUAUUGCUGGUUCUGACAUUGUAUUCCAUGUCGCUACGCCAGUUAAUUUUGCUUCUGAAGAUCCAGAGAAUGACAUGAUAAAGCCUGCAAUCCAAGGAGUAGAGAAUGUUUUGAAAGCCUGUGCAAAAGCGAAAACAGUUAAACGAGUCAUAUUGACAUCUUCAGCUGCUGCUGUGACCAUCAAUAACCAAGAUGGAACAGGUUUGGUGAUGGACGAGAAACACUGGACUGAUGUUGAGUUUUUGUCUUCUGCAAAGCCACCAACCUGGGGGUAUCCUGUCUCCAAGACCCUGGCUGAAAGGCAUGCUUGGAAGUUUGCUCAAGAGAAUAACAUUGAUCUUAUUACUAUCAUCCCUUCUCUUAUGGCUGGUCCUUCUCUUACGCCAGAUAUUCCUAGCAGCUUAAACCUUGCCAUGUCUUUGAUUUCAGGAAAUGAAUUUCUCACAAACGCAUUAAAGGGUAUGCAAAUGCUGUCAGGUUCAAUUUCCAUAGCACAUGUGGAGGAUGUUUGCCGAGCGCAUAUAUUUUUGGCUGAGAAGGAAUCUGCUUCUGGUCGAUACAUUUGUUGUGCAGUCAAUACCAGUGUUCCUGAACUUGCCAAGUUUCUCCACCAAAGAUAUCCUCAGUACAAAGUUCCAACUGAUUUUGGGGACUUCCCUUCGAAGCCCAAGUUACUGAUUUCCUCAGGGAAGCUUAUCAGUGAGGGGUUCAGCUUCAAGUUUGGGAUUGAAGAAAUUUAUGACCAAACUGUGGAGUACUUCAAGGCUAAGGGAGUGCUCUAAAUAGAAUUCAGGAUUUCCUAAUUGGUGCUUAGUGGCAAUAAAAUUUUCCUUAAUAUUUUACCUUCUACAAUAUGGCUACUGCAUUAGUGAUCUGAAAGUUGUUAAACUGUUCAGUGUGAGAUAUGUGCGCUGAAUCUGUGGGCUAAUGUGAAUGAAAUAAAUAUAAAUUUGCUA